UUCCGGGGCUGGAGGGUUGCGCUCCUCUCUGGCCUAUCAGCAGCUCUCCACACUGCUUCUCCUCGAAGUUUCUAGCAGCAAGCAAAAAUCUGCUGUAGUGGUCGAGCGAGUGAGAGUGACAGAGCGAACCAGCCCAAAUGCCUGUUUUAUCCCGGCUGUGAUCGAGAGGCUGUAAGACAAUGUUAGUGUGCUGGGGCGAUUUCUGCAGGACUGAGAGAGCUGAUCAUCAGGCGCGGCUGAACCGCUGAACGAGCCGCCAGCUUACAGUACUGAUCAUGUUUGGAUGUCUAGUUGCGGGCAGAUUGGUCCAGACAGACGCUCAGCAAGUUGCGAGCGACAAAUUUGUUUUUAACCUGCCGGACUAUGAAAAUGUCAAUCACGUGGUGGUCUUCAUGUUGGGAACUGUGCCUUUCCCUGCUGGCAUGGGUGGAGCCGUGUACUUCUCUUUCCCUGACCCCAACGUCGGGCAGGUGUGGCAGCUCCUCGGCUUCAUAACCAAUGAAAAGCCAAGUGCCAUAUUCAAAAUAUCAGGCCUCAAAGCUGGUGAGGGUGGGGCUCAUCCAUUUGGCAUGAUGGCUGCCCCUCAAGCCCCCUCAGUGGCCCAGGUUGGUGUGUCCGUGGAGGCCCUGGACCAGCUAGCUCAACAGACGCCGGUUUCCAGCGCAGCCGUCUCCACUAUAGAUUCCUUUACGCAGUUCACACAGAAGAUGCUGGAGAGCCUGUACAACUUUACCUCCUCCUUCGCUCUGUCACAGUCUCAGAUGACACCAAACCCAUCAGAAAUGUAUGUUCCUGCCAGCUCCAUUCUCAAAUGGUAUGAAAACUUUCAGAGACGAAUGGUGCAGAAUCCAAACUUCUGGAAGACGUGAAGUGCUUUAUUUACACAGUUACCACUUUACAGUGGAACAGAACAUCACUGACAUAAAUUCAUAUUCAGGCUUGCUUUGGAACUCCUCAAGGGCAAAAUUAACCUAGAUUUUUGUUGUACACUAAAAGUCAUAGCUAUUUUGUGCUGUGCAAUCCUCACAAUAGCUGAAUGCGUUUUUUAUAGCCCUGCAGACAAUUAAAUACAGUAUUGUUGAAAUUCUUAGUUGAUGCUGUGGAGAUCGCGUGAUGAUUUUAUUUUUCAGUUUUGCCUUCUGAUGGAGAAUUUCAGAAUUUCCAUAGAGAAUAUUGAAGGAUUUUGUUUGCAAAACAUCCUCAAAAUCUGUUGUGUUCUUUUACUUCUUUUUGUGCUCUGGACCUGCUUAAAGCGAUGGAAUCUUUCA